GAAAAUAAAAAGAAAAAAAUAAAACACGCAUCAAAUUCCAGGCUAUUUCCAGAGUUUCUUUCCAUGCUCUUGGAAGAAAAGUAAUCGAUAUUGACUCCAUUUAUGUUCUUUUAAUAAAAGAUCGAAGGAUCUUCAUCGAACUCCUCUUCUUUCUCUUUUUCUCUAUUAUUCUCGAGAAGAACCAAGAGGAAUUUCUAGGGUUUAGAGAUAAGCAAACAAAGAAAGAUGAAGCCGAUGGAGACGAUUCAGGAUCUGAUUGAGGAGGCUAAACUUCGAACGGUUUGGUGGGCCUUGUGUAUCUUUGCUGUUACUUACUUCUUGUCUCAUACAAGUUCAUCAAUGUGGAUAAAUUUACCUAUAUCGAUUCUUUUGGUUUCUGGAUUGCGCAUUUUGUCUAAUGAGGUGGAGUUCAGCUGGAAAGCACGGCGCUGGACCCAUCGACUGUCUUAUUUGUCUCAUUUGGAGAAGAAACAAUUGUCCGUGAAUGAUUCACGACUUUCUUCUGCACCUCUGCCACCAAGGUGGAAAAGAAAAAUUGAUUCUCCAAUAGUGGAUGCUGCAAUCAAUGAUCUUAUUGAUAAAGUUUUGAAGGAUUUCGUUAUAGAUCUGUGGUAUUCAGAGAUUACGCCAGACAAGGAAGCACCUGAGUUAAUGCGUGAUGUUAUCAUGGAUGCUAUCGGUGAGAUAUCAGGAAGGGUUAAGGAGAUAAACCUUGUUGACCUGCUGACGAGGGAUAUAAUUGAUUUAAUAGGGGAUCAUUUGGACCUUUUUAGACGAAACCAAGUUGCAAUAGGUGCUGAUGUAAUGGGAACACUUUCUACUGAUGAGAGAGACGAAAGGCUGAAGCACCAUCUGAUGAUGUCUAAGGAGCUUCACCCUGCACUGAUAUCUGCUGAGAGUGAGUACAAGGUUCUGCAACGCCUAAUUGGUGGAGUUUUAGCUGUGGUGCUAAGACCUCGAGAAGCUCAAUGCCCACUGGUUCGAACUAUUGCUCGAGAGCUUGUAACUUGCUUGAUAUUGCAGCCUGUUAUGAAUCUUGCAAGCCCUGUGUAUAUCAAUGAGAUCAUUGAACAUGUUUUGUUUGCCAUUAAAGAUGGUGGCCUAAUGGAGAUAACCGGUGAUCAACCUGCUGGAGGUGUACAUAAUGGCGGUUCUUCCUCAAGAAAACAUUCAUCCUUAAAUAGUCAAGGGACUGAUAUUGUUGAUAAUGAAAAAAGCUUUCAAGGGACUAACCUGACUUUGUCAAAAAUUGAUGACCUUAGAGAUGUACCCUUGGACUGUGACUCAAAACAGCAAGAUCCUAUAAAUCCACGUCAUGCAGAUUGGGCACGGGUCUUAGAGGCAGCAACCCAGAGAAGAACUGAAGUUCUUACACCUGAAAAUCUCGAGAACAUGUGGACAAAAGGAAGAAAUUAUAAAAGGAAAGAGACCAAAAAACUAAAAGCAGGUGUUCAGCAUCCUAUGGUGAAGGAUUCUGCAGCAACUAACGCUGAAUUCACUAUAGAUGCAGGGAAGGAAACUUUAACUAACAGCAACAUACUUUCAGCAAGAGCAGAAGAGAAAGCUAUUGCGCAGCUAGAGCAUCAAUUAAGUCGCAAUGAUUCAUCAGGUGAUCAGUAUAAAAAUGGUAAACAAUUUACUGAGGAUUAUGAUGAGGAGUUGUCUUUUGAUAGGACUCAUGCCAAUGAUGAAUUGACUAGCACUAACAUUCCCUCAGUCGAUGAAAAUAAAAGUAGGCUUAAGAGAUCGAAUAGCACUUCUGCUCUGAAAGUCCUGCCUGUUGAAAAAAGGAAAUUUACAGGAGAUGGCAAAGGAUCCAUUAUUUCAGAGUUCUAUAGCCCAGAUUUUGGCAGGCCUGAUGAAGGACUUGCUGUUAAGAAGGUCUCAGAUACGAUACUCCACAGUGGGGCACCCCAUGUUCCUAAUCCUAAGCUGAAGUGCCGGGUUAUGGGAGCAUACUUUGAGAAACUUGGGUCAAAAUCUUUUGCAGUUUAUUCAAUUGCAGUUACAGAUGCAGAAAGCAGAACUUGGUUCGUGAAAAGAAGAUACAGGAAUUUUGAGAGAUUGCAUAGACAGCUUAAAGACAUUCCAAAUUACACGUUACACUUGCCCCCCAAGAGGAUAUUCUCGUCAAGCACAGAGGAUUCUUUUGUUCAUCAACGUUGCAUCCAGCUUGAUAAAUAUUUGCAAGAUCUUUUGUCCAUAGCUAAUGUUGCUGAACAGCAUGAAGUGUGGGAUUUCCUUAGUGUUUCGUCAAAGAAUUACUCUUUUGGGAAAUCGCCCUCGGUGAUGAGAACGCUGGCAGUGAAUGUGGAUGAUGCCGUAGAUGAUAUUGUGCGUCAAUUUAAAGGGGUUUCAGAUGGCUUAAUGCGCAAGGUUGUUGGCUCGCCUUCGACCCUUGGUGAAAUCAAUCCUUCAAUCUACAGCAGGAACUUGUCAUGGCAUGCAGAGGAGAUGAAUAAACAUGUUUCAAGGCAAGAUACAUCAGAAACUGUGAAUAGCCUUCUUAGUAAUGAAGAAAGUCUUAAGCAAGAAAGCCAUAGGCAGGAGGAUGGGUCCAGUGAACAAUCUAGCAGUUGGCAUUCAGACAAUGAGUUGGACUCAAAGGGUUUCCCACCUGGAGUGGUCAAGCGUGAUCAGGAGUCUAGGACCUUAGCCUCAAAGAAGAAACAAAGUCCAGAGGCAAACACUGAAUGGAUUAACCAGGCUGGCUUUGCUAUACCAAAUCCUGCAGCGGCUGCCUCCAGUCCUAUGGAGGACCCAGUUGGAAUGCCACCUGAGUGGACUCCACCUAAUGUAAGUGUACCUCUGUUAAAUCUGGUUGAUAAGGUCUUCCAGCUUAAGAGGCGAGGCUGGCUGAGAAGACAGGUCUUUUGGAUAUCAAAACAAAUUCUACAGUUGAUAAUGGAAGAUGCCAUUGAUGAUUGGCUCUUAAGGCAGAUUUAUUGGCUUCGGAGAGAGGAUGUUGUUGCUAAAGGGAUUCGGUGGGUGCAAGAUGCUUUGUGGCCGAAUGGUACAUUCUUUACAAGAGUAGGGGUUGCACAAGGCACAGUUAGUGAUGGUCAACAAAAUUCGACUCCUUUUGAUGUUAGCCAAUUUGCUGGUCCUAAGGCCCCUAAACAAAGUUCCUUUGAGGAGCAGCUUGAAGCUGCUCGUAGAGCAAGUGAUAUAAAAAAGAUGCUCUUUGAUGGAGCACCAACAGCCUUAGUUGGCUUGAUUGGGACCAAACAGUACAAACGAUGUGCAAGAGACAUUUUCUAUUUCACACAGUCCACUAUAUGUAUGAAGCAACUUGCAUAUUCGAUACUUGAACUAUUACUCGUCUCAGUUUUCCCUGAGCUCCGAAAUCUUGUGUUAGAUCUUCAUGCGAAGAUGCAAGUUCCGCGCUCCUAGCAAGAUGCGUGAUUGCCUUACCGGAUGAUCAUGAAAGCUCAGAGUAUCUAAAUCUCACUUCCAAGAUGGUCUGAUGGAUGAUUAGUUUGGCUUUGCCUACCGUAUGCAUUUUAUCUACUUGUAACAAUGUUGAUAGGUGAUGCAUACGGCAUUUUUGGGUGCACGAGAUGUAGCUAUGCAGCAUAUUAAUUGUAACUGUACAAAGUCGACAUUUAGAGUGUAUAGAAAUCUUUUGUGCAUAUCAUGCUCCUAGUCAAGAAAUGCCCUUGUGUUGGGGAUUCUGUAAUGAUGCAUACUUGAGAGACGGAUCAGUGUAUCAUUCGUUCAUUCAUUAUAGGUGGUUUUGUAAUUUGAGUAGAGGUAAACGACAAAAGAUGGUCGUUUGGAAUUUUUGAGUUUGUGCUAUAGUAUCAAUGCUUAGACCUGUCGUUGACCAGCCA